ACCAUUUGUUUUUAAGCAAUAUAUUGGCGAUGAUCUAAAUGUUUGUACAUAUUCGAUUGUGUGUAUAUUGCCUCGAGGUAAUAUGAAUUACUUUAACAUUUUGUAUUACGUGACCUGUGUUUUUUAGCUUCGGAAAAUGAAACGCUGCCUUCUCCUCCCUUCUCUCGCUGACAUAGAGUGAUUUGCCCGUUUAACCAAGAGCCAUGCGACUCGGUAGCUCUGCUCACUAAAUCGCAGUUGAAUUAAUUAGACCUGUAACAUCAGCUGGGGGUGUCUUCCGUCCGUGCGUGCUCAUAUAUCGAGCUACACGCUGCGAGGGGGACUCCCGGGUGACUUUCCUGUAAUCGAGAUUCAGUUAGAAAUAUCCGCACUAGUACUGCACGCAAUGCGGAGCCCAGACUGAAAACCCACAGCUAUUCAUUUCUGGCGGGUAGCGUGCUUGGGGGCGUGGCCAACGGGUACCGCAGAGGUACAAGAACACUAUUCGAAAACGGUAUCUACUCAAAAUGGUAUUUUCUUUCGUCAGAAUGGCACGCAUGCAUGAAUGGCUCUAACAAUCAGCUUCCAAUCCAGUAGCCUUAUCUCCUUUGUGUUUUCACUGUUAGAGCAUGCACGAUAGGAGAUGCUGUGCGUCAUCGAGGCUUUGCACAGUCACAGGCAAGACGCGCAGAUGCAUUCUGUCUCGUAUUCGGAUUGUUUACAGAGCCGAAUCGCAUGUGAUCUUCCUAGAAUAAGCAGCAGAGGUCAAAGAAAGAGGUGCGAGCAUAUAAAAAUGUGUUAUUCGUGUAGCCGAUGCUUAGUGCACUGCAAUGGGAAACAAUGCAGUGAAGUGUCUACCUUUGAAAUGUUAAAGUACAAGUCAAAUAUUUCACAAAAACACUUAAUGCACUUUAUGUAGGCAAAAGAAAUGCAAAGUCUGGAAGGCUGAUAUUGCCUGUUAAUUAAAUUUGGGCUGUUUAAAAUGUUAGUGGGUCCUUUACUUUAUUUGAGUGGCAACACAGUGAUGCAUUGAUUUGUGACGCUAGAAGAUGAUGGGCAGUGGUGGCUUAAUGGUUAGGAAAGCUCACUCGGAAUUGAAAGACUGCAGGUUCGAAUCACCGACCACUAAGGUACCCUGAGCAAGGUGCCGCCCCCAAGCACUGCUCCCCGGGCGCUGAAUUAGCUGCCCCCUGCUAUGUCAUAUUGUCACAUAUGGGUUAAAUGCAGAUGACACAUUUUGUUGUUGUGCUAUGGUCUGUCAAGAAUGACACUGGUUACUAAAUUCUAAUUCUAAGCUUGAUGAGUAUUGCACCAUGGGCUAGUUAACAAUAUCCAGUCCGAUCUAGACUAGGGGCACCAUGGUUUUCUACAGUCCAACUAAACACGUAUCACUAUCUACUGUAUGACGCAGUAGAGCGGCAUUCCACAAAGCAGGAAUUUUUCAUUAGUCAGGUAACUUAAGCCAAAUAUAAGCAUUGUUCAAUAGGAAUGUCGUAUACCUCUCCUCCUAUUGGGGCAGUUUCCACGUCUGGCUUAAGUUAUCCAGCUAACUAGGAAAUCCUACCUUGUGGAAAUUCCCCUCAGGAUUUGUUGCUUAGUCAUAAUACGGUCAGGACUAAAAGUAAAUUUAGAUAAAAUUCCAAAUUUAAGCUGGGGUACCUUAAAUUUGCUUUUACAUGCCGUUACGUGGCCGCCGUCCGCCAGCCAAUGAGAUACAGAUGAAGGGCGGGUCACGUGGCGCGUAAUGGGUCGCUGCUGCUGCUGCUGCUGCUGCUUGGGACUUGCGCGACACGUGGUCUCAGUAUGAGGGUCUGCCGGCCUGUCACCCUGUCACCUUGUCAUCUUGUCUUUUGUCCUUUUCACUGAAAUUGCCGCUUCAUCUAAAUUCUGGCCUAGCCGCUGAAGUCUCGCAGACAAGGUCAAAUCCAGUAAAGAUGAAGACUAGUAAAGGUGCACCUGUGGACCGUGGAUGCGCCGUGGGGGUGAUUUUCUUCAUCCUUGGGAUGGGCACCCUGUUACCAUGGAAUUUCUUCUUGACGGCAACAAAGUACUUCGAUGAUCGACUGAGUCCUGCAGUGAUUAACGGCACAGUGGUUGGGAAGGAGUUCUACUUCUCCAACUGGAUGACCCUCCUCUCCCAGCUGCCUCUGCUGCUCUUCACGCUGCUCAACUCCUUCCUGUACCAGUGGUUAUCGGAGAGGGUGCGGGUAGCAGGCAGCCUGGUCUUCAUCCUGCUCCUCUUCAUCCUCACCGCUGCUCUCGUUAUGGUCAACAUGGAGAAGGACAGCUUUUUCUCCGUCACUAUGGCAACCAUCUGGUUCAUCAAUUCUUUCGGAGCCAUCCUCCAGGGCAGUCUGUUCGGCCUGGUAGGGCAGCUUCCCGGGAAGUACAGCGCUGUGUUCAUGAGCGGGCAGGGCCUGGCCGGCACCUUCGCCGCCGUCGCCAUCCUGAUCACCAUCGCCAGUGAGGUGGAUGACAGGAGCGCCGCCCUCGGCUACUUCGUCACGCCGUGUGUGGGAACGCUGAUCACGCUGCUCUGCUACACGCUGCUGCCGCGGCUGGAGUUUGCCCAGUAUUACUUUGACAGAAGCAGGAGGCAUGAAGUGCAGACGGAAAUGGAGCUGCUGCAGGAUGCGCCGUCAGGGAAAGAGCACGUGGAAAACUGCAAACUGAACGGACACACCAAUGGCUCAGUUGUGGAGAACGGCAUGGCGGUGAACUCCCAGCCGAACGGCGAUGCUGAGAAGCUGCGACCCGCUGAGCAGGCUGAGGGCGGGGAGGCCAAGUCCUCCGUCAUGCAGGUCUUCAGAAAGAUUUGGGUGAUGGCGUUCUGCGUGACGUUCGUCUUCACGGUCACCCUCUCGGUCUUCCCUGUGGUCACCGUGGCUGUGAAAACUAAACACCAUGGAGAAACCUGGGAGCGCUACUUCAUCCCCAUCUGCUGCUUCCUGGUCUUCAACGUCAUGGACUGGUUUGGCCGGAGCAUUACGUCUCUUGUUCAGUGGCCAUGCAAGGAGAGCCGGCUGUUCCCAGCCCUGGUCGUAGCCCGCGUCGUCUUCAUCCCGCUGCUCAUGAUGUGCAACGUGGACGACCGUCAGUACCCACCCGUGUGGUUCCCGGCCGACUGGGCGUUCGCGCUCAUCAUGGUGCUCUUCUCGGCCAGCAGCGGGUACUGCGCCUGCCUCUCCAUGUCCUACGCUCCGCAGCUGGUGAAGUCCAAGGAUUGCGAGACGGUGGGAGCCCUCAUGACCUUCUUCCUGGCCUUGGGUCUGUCCCUGGGGGCUGCUCUCUCCUUCCCCAUACGGCUGUUAGUAUAGCAGGACGACUGGGGAUUCAGCCCCACGCCUGAGGGCGUCGCCAAGCAACCAGGGAUUUAGAUUUAGAUGAGGAUUCUGCCUGAAACGGGGAAUCGUAUCUGCAGUAGUGACACGACGGUCCUCGGUGGGUGGAGGACUUGUGGAGGACAGCAUCAGGUAUUUUUAUUGUCGAUUAGUGGCAGGUAACUUGCUUAUCUUGACACUUUUUGUUUUAUUACCUACAAAAAGCCCUUAGCUGUAGAUUUUUUUUAUUUGCACUUUUUAAUAUUUAUUUUUGGAAUAUAAGGGACUGGGUGAGCUUUUGUUUUAAUUCCUUCCUGUUGGGUUUGAUAGCGCAAGGGGGGGGGGGGGCAUCCGCACCACAGUUUGCAGAUUUCCCUGCUCAAACACACCUUAUUUAUCUCACCGGCUAAUUGUCAGGCUUGGCCAGUGUCUUUGGGCAGGGAAAUCUGCAAACUGUGGUGUGGACUGCCCCCCCCCCCCAGACAGGAAGUGGGGAAGCCUGGCAUAAAGGGAAUGGGUUAGUGGGGCUGUUGCCGUGGAGGGGGGGGGGGGCUGUGACGAGCCACUGAAUGGAGGAAUUGUUACUGCGACACUCUGCUAGCAGUGACGGACCCAAGGCUUUCAACGCGACCACGCUUGGGUGGGGGGGGGCGCGGGUUUACGGACCACUUAGUGGGGCUGCGUGAUUUUGUAUAUAUAUCUAACUCAAUUUUUCUUAUCUUGUGUGACAAGUAGGAAACUGCAUUUAUUUGAUCUGGUUUCGACAUGCAUUUCCUUUGGAGCUGCCACCUGUGAGGCACCUCUACACACGUUUAUCUGCGUGGUGGUCGACGUCACUGCACCCAGAACAUUGGCACUUAAUUGCAUAUUUCAAACAAAUGCUGAAGCUUGUGCCCCAACAUCUAUUCUUUCAUUGCUCUGAUUACUUCUCAACUGGAAGCUGUUGCCAUGGAAAUCAUCAGGCAGUUGCGUGGUGAAACGAAGGCAGCACCUGCUUUUGUACCAGGACUCUGGUGUGGUACGACCUGCAGCAGGUUGUCCUGCAGCUGAGAGUGUGAAGGAAGACCCGCUAUCUCACCUGCAUGUGAAUGCAUUUUUUUAUUUGUGUAAAUACAUCAAGGCCUUCCUGACAUGGAGAGGUGUUACCGUAAGGAAGCUGGUAUUUCUGUUUGACUGGAGGCCGUCUGGCUCAUCUGCUGUCCCAGCCCUCUAGUCUAACCUGUUCCAUAAAUACUGUCCUUUCAUCAAA